GCAAAGGGUUAUGUUGGUCCAAGCUCAAGCCAGCAUCGGCAGCUCCAACGACAUCUCGUCAGAGCAUGGUCAAUCGAUUCCUCAUCCACCACAGGUAAAAAACCAUGGCUACAAACGCAGCCCUGCAAACAAACGUAACAUUACGAACUACUCCUGUCAGAUUCACGCUGCUCGAAAGACUCCCCGAAGAAAUCGUGCUCCUCAUUCUCGGCUUCAUCCAGCCAUGGGACCUCUGGCUCAAGGUCCGACACGUCAACUCCGUCUAUCGCUCCUAUGCCGAAGACGUCGCCUCCAAGCUACUUGUACCGCAGUUUGACAUCGGGUUGAGAUUCAAUCUCAGCUCCGGCAAUGUGCCCAGAUGGUACGACGUGCGUGGGACGGUGAAUCAUCGCUUCCGCUGCAUCAAUCGCCCCAACCCGCAGUACGCGCUCUUCGAGACGGCGAGCAUCACGCCAGAGGCCCAACGCGACCGCGUGCUCGAGACGUGGAAACGCAUGUGUGCACAGGGCUUUGGACCGGCGCAGGAGUGGCGCGUGAAGUUCAUGGGCACGGAUAUCGAGAUGCACAUGCCGAGAGUCGUGCCGGCCGACGGCGAUGGUAUCUAUUGUGACUGGAGGGAGCUACUCGACGUCUACUUCGCCCGCUUGCCGACGAUAUGGGAAGAGUGCAUCAAUGGAGCUCGAAUCGGUAUGCUUGCGAAAGAACACGCUAUUUCUAGGGCAUUCGCCGGUCUAUCGAAUUACUACUGCGACUGCAUCUUCCUUUCCCUCGGACGAACCAGCUAGGAUUGAUUGGCAACCAGCUACACGUGACUGUCCACUUCGUCCUAUGGCAGAGUCGCGCACUUCUCCUUGAACAGCUUUUCAGCCUGCUGCCAGA